CACGAUACUACCUCCACCGUCAUUCCACUUCCCUGGCUUCUCUUCUCUAACUUACCUUUCCUUCCCGCUCGCCGGUUCACCCUAUAGGGACACAGACGUAUCUCCGCCUUGAGGCUUGGGGUGGUGCACAAUUCGAUCACUCGACGCCACACCUGCAACAUGCCUCGGUGGAAGCUCAGUAAACAGUGCUCAGAUAAAGACCUGCCAGGCAGCAGCGGUGGUUCUGGUGCACCAUCCGAUAGCCCCAUUGCCCACUCUACAGCCAUCGCCUCUCUCCGAGCUGUCAGCGGCGGCUCUCCGGACCCGAUGAAGGGUGCAGCACACCCUCAAGUCCCCGAUCCUGAGGCGAUCCGCAAGCUAGCGAAACAGCACGCCGAGUUCGGGCCCCUCGGCGAUCCGUCGCAUCUCUACACCAGCGAACACCCGGGAGGAGAGAUCCCCGAUCCAGUCAUCGACGAGCCUCCGUACUUCUUCGUCUUGACCACCUACGUCAGCUUCCUUGUUCUCAUCUUCCUUGGUCAUUUCCACGAUUUUUGGGCGCAGUGGUCUCGGUCUCACUCAUACCGACACCUCAAGCCCCAGGAUGGAUACGCUUCGUUGUACAGUGACUUUGAGAGCUUCUACACGCGUCGAUUGAAACAGAGGAUCAACGAUUGCUUCGAGCGGCCGAUCACCGGGGUUCCCGGUAGGCAUGUCACCCUCCUCGACCGGACCACCGAGGAUAACCUUCAUUUCAGCCUCACGGGCACGACGACCGACACUCUGAAUCUCAGUUCUUACAAUUAUCUCGGCUUUGCGCAGUCGGAGGGCCCUUGCACCGAUUAUGCGGAAGAGACGAUCCGAAAGGAAGGUAUCUCUAUCGCGGGUACCCCUGAUGCGGGAAUCACCAAGCUGCAUGCUGAGGUCGAGGAUCAAAUCGCCCGGUUCGUGGGCAAGGAGUCCGCUAUGGUGUUCUCAAUGGGUUUCGUGACCAACGCUACAAUCUUCCCGGCUAUCAUGGAAAAAGGAUGUUUGAUUCUGUCCGAUGAGCUCAAUCAUGCGUCUAUCCGGUUCGGUGCCCGUCUCUCGGGAGCAGCUAUCCAGGUCUUUGCGCAUAACAAUAUGGCAGACCUCGAGAAGCGCUUGAGAGAAGCGAUCUCGCAAGGUCAGCCGCGCACCCACCGUCCUUGGAAGAAAAUCCUUGUUACCGUAGAGGGUCUGUUCUCGAUGGAGGGCACUAUGUGUAACUUGCCCAGAAUCUUGGAGCUGAAGAAGAAGUACAAGUUCCACCUGUUCGUUGACGAGGCUCACUCCAUCGGGGCUGUUGGGCGCCGCGGACGCGGAGUCUGCGAUUACUUCAGGGUCGACCCUGCAGAGGUCGAAAUCCUCAUGGGCACUUUCACUAAAUCAUUCGGAGCCAAUGGUGGUUACAUCGCUGCUGAUAAGGCAAUCAUCGACAAAGUGCGCUGCAUCAAUGCCGGUCAGAUCUUCGGUGAAGCCCCGUCGCUGCCUGUCCUGGCGCAGAUCUAUUCCUCGCUACGACUGAUUGCUGAUGAGGACCCGCUGCACCCGGGUGAGGGACGGGAGCGCAUGCAGCGUCUAGCAUUCAACUCGCGCUAUCUACGACUCGGACUGAAGCGGCUCGGGUUCAUUGUUUACGGGCAUGACGACUCGCCCAUCGUGCCCCUGAUGCUGUACAACCCCGCCAAGAUGCCCGCGUUCUCGCGGGAGAUGCUUCGUCGGAAGAUCUCCGUGGUCGUGGUGACCUACCCUGCUACGCCUCUGGAGCUUUCCCGUGCCCGACUGUGCGUGUCGGCUGCGCACACCAAAGAUGAUCUCGAUCGCAUUCUGCAGGUGUGCGACGAGAUCGGAGACGCCCUCGAGCUCAAGUUUUCUUCCGGGGUCGCCGGCGGCUUGAAAGAGCCGCUCUCUUCGGAAGAGAGACCCAAUGGCGGUCACAAGGCUAUUGAGCCUCCCCGCUGGACCCUCGAGGAAGUCAUCGAGAGAGGCACGCGAGACGCUAAGCUGCCCUUCUACUAGAGGGUGCUGCUGACUCGGACUUUGAAUCUGUAUGAUGUGAUGGAAGACAGAACACCGUCUUUUGUCUUUUGUAUAAUGCCGCAUGACCCCCUCCUGUCUUUGUUUUCGCUAUCGAUACAGGCUUCGACAUAGCUGAUGCCUGCGAUCU